GUUGCGGAAGUAAGGUACAUCCUGUUUUAGACUGACAAGAGAACCCUCAGACGUUUAGACGCGGCCAUGUGCUGUGACUGACGUUGGUGAUUGAGGAUGUUUUUGACAUGUCUUGUGUUACCGUUACUUUCUCUGGCGACCACGGCAACAGAACAUCCUAGUGUAAAAUGCAUAAUUAUCAAUUUGGAGUACGUGCAUUGCACUUGGACUGCACAGAGCUUACCUGCAUACAACUACACAUUCAACAGCUCACUUCAGGACGAACCUCACACAGAGUGCCCCAGGUAUCUACAGCGACAUGGUUAUAAUAUAGGCUGCCUUGUCCCACUUCAGAGUCCAGAGGACAGGUUCGGCGAAUUCAGCACCAGUCUGUUCUAUGACGUAAACAGCUCUGUUUCCCUCACACAUAAGCUCAGGAUGUCAGUGAAACUGAAUCCACCAUAUAACCUGACACUGACAUUGAAUGGCUCAUCUGAGCUUUGGCUACACUGGGAAUACAACGCUCCCGGGAGAAGCCGAUGUAUUGUCAGUCAGGUUCGAUAUAAGAAGAUGCCCAGUGAAUGGCAGCUCUCACCUAACGUCACUGUUACGUCAUUCAGUUUACCAGAGGUCUCGGGGGAUGUUGAGUACACCUUCCAGGUCAGGCUAAGUGUACAUGACCUGUGUGGUUCUUCCCUUUUCUGGAGUGACUGGAGUGAACCUGCUUCGUUCAAACCAAAAAAACGCUUUCCUUUGGGGCUGCUUUUUGUCAUCUUUGCAACCACGCUUUUGAUCGCCCUGGCCAUUUUGCUGUGCUAUUGUGAGAGAAUAAAGGUGAUUUUGCUACCCGCGGUUCCUUCUCCAAGCAAGAAUCUGCAGGAUCUCUUCAGUAGAUAUGAUAGCAACACUGAGAGCUGGGCUCAUAUCUCCAGAGACCUAAAGGAAGCCUUUGAGACUGGCAAUGCAGAGCCGAGAUGUGUCCUGUGUAAAGCAGGAGACUGCUGCAAGCCUGUCUCUGUACAGCUGGGUCCCCCCUGAACAAGCUGUGGGAGUCAACCUGCUCACAUCACAUCUCCAAACCAGUGUUCUAGUGGUGGCUAUUUUAGAAGUAGUCAAAGAUUGGACAUAGAGUACACGUUCUGACAUACAUCUUAAUAGUGACAUGUAAUAAAUGCUGACAUUUUAAAGUAAAACGGUCAUAAAUCUUGUAAAAUGUUGAGAAAUAUGUGUUGAAUUACCUGUGCUCUUAUUAAAAGUCAUAAAUAUGUAA